AUGUCUUCCCGUAAGCUAUCUGACUCUCUCAAGAGAUCCAGGGAGAACUCUCAGAAAAAGAUGAUGUCAUUCAUGGCCGAUCAGAUCGCUCGCAUCAUGCCAAAGAUCAUCUCUGAGAUCCAAGGAUCAAACACUCCUCCUUCCUCAGUGGAAUCUAUGGGCGAGAAGCUAAAGCCUACGAAGUUCAGCUACAAACACUUCGUCUCUUGCAACCCUAAGCCUUUCACGGGCAGUGAUGGGGUGACCGCAAUGCUAGAGUGGUUCGACAGCAUCGAGGUUACCUUCAUUAACAGUGAGUGCCCAGAACACUUGAAGACUAGGAGUGCAACGGGAAUGUUUCAAGGCAGAGCUCUGGAGUGGUGGUCGAAUGAGAGGAACAUCCGCUCUAACGAAGAAGCUUAUGCUCUCCCAUGGACCGAGGUGCGAGAAUUGAUGAUGCUCGAAUUCUGCCCUCCCCAUGAACAACUAAAGCUUGAAGAAGAGUUCUGGCACCGCAAGCAGAUUGGUGAUGGCAAUCUGGCUUAUACUACCUGUUUCAAGCAACUCAGCAUAAUCGUUCCUCACUUGGUUUCUACUCUGAAGCGCAUGAUAACCAAGUACAUCAAUGGGUUACCUCCUGCGAUGCGUGAUUCGAUUGAAGCAGCUCAGCUAGAGACUAUUGAAGAGGUUUAUCGUCUGGCUGCAAGUCUAAACAACAACUGUGUUCGUGAUAAACAGUUCGUUACUCCUGCUCCCUCCAAAUCAGCGAACCAAGUUACUCAGCAACCAAGUGGUAGCAGAAACAAGAAGAGAAAGUCUCAGGGUUCAGGGUGCAAUGCGAUUGUCCCUGCUGCAAACCCUGCUGUUAACCCCUGCUCCUGCUGCUGCUAUUCCAAACCCUCCUACUCCUGA